GGGAGGCCGAGGCGGGAGGGCGCAGGAGCGCGUGGGCGGUGGGUCGUGCGGCUUCCCCGCGGGCGAAGGCCCCGUCUCGCCCUGGAGAGGCGAUGCGAGGCAGCGGCCAGGACAGUCUGACGGGGCUCGCGCUGUGCGCCGGGCUCUCGGGACCCCCGGGGAUGCUGCAGCGGGCCAAGUACAGCCGCUUCCGCAACGAGCCGGUCCAGCUGGCCGAGGAGGGCGGGAGCAAGGGCGCCCCGCAGCCGGCCCGCCUCGCCCGGGAGCCCCCCGAGGACUCCGCCUCGCCCACCCGGGACGGCCCUACCCCGCUGUGCACCCUGGUACCCCGCGUGGCCAGCGUGAAGCUGGCCAACCCGGCCGCUCUGCUGAGCCUGAAGAACUUUUGCCUGGGCACCAAGGAGGCUCCCGGGCCGAGGGUGCGGGAGAGCCGGGACCCCGCGCCAGCCCCGCCGCCCCCCGAGCCCUGCCUGCCCGGGCCCGCAGAGCCGAGCGUCCGGGGCAGGCGGGACCAGCCGGGCCCGAAGCAGCACCUGCUGGGAGCCGGCCUGAGCUACCGCGUACGGUACAUGGGCUGCAUUGAAGUGCUGCAAUCGAUGAGGUCCCUGGAUUUCGGAAUGAGGACCCAAGUUACAAGGGAAGCGAUAAGCCGCCUGUGUGAAGCUGUCCCUGGGGCCAGUGGAGCCAUUAAAAAGAGAAAGGCUCCUGUUAAGUUCCUCUCAGCAGUUCUUGGCAAAAGUAAUCUUCAGUUUUCUGGAAUGAAUAUAAAACUGACCAUCUCAACGGGCAGCCUUACACUGAUGAAACUUGAUAACCAGCAGAUCAUUGCAAAUCAUCAUAUGCAAUCUAUUUCAUUUGCUUCUGGAGGGGAUCCUGAUACUACAGACUAUGUUGCCUACGUAGCUAAAGAUCCAGUUAAUCAACGAGCAUGCCACAUAUUGGAAUGCCGCAGCGGAACGGCCCAGGAUGUCAUAAGCACCAUCGGGCAGGCUUUUGAACUCCGAUUCAAACAGUACUUGAGAAAUACUUCUCUGAACAUUUCUUGUGAAAGUGAGGAGGUGCAGACUGACAGCCCCGCCUCGGAGGGAGAAGAUCAUGAAUAUUACAACGAGAUCCCAGGCAAGCAGCUGCCGGCAGGCGGCGUGUCAGACCUUCGGAUCAGAGUGCAAAGCCCUGAGCAGAGGGCGUACUGCCCCAUUCGCUGUGAAAAGCUGUGCUACUUGCCUGGGAACUCCAAGAGCAGCAGUGCGUAUGAGAACUGUCUGGAACAAAGCAGGGCAGCAGGUAUGACUUCCAGCUCCCGUCCACUCUCAAACAGGAUAAGCUGUCUGCAAAGCGAGAAUAUAAUGCACUGCUCACUGCUGAUCACUGCAGGUGAUGCCCACGAGCCAGGGGCCCUCUCGUGUCGGGCGGAUCUCUUUGAUGACCCCUGCUACAUUAACACGCGGGUGCUUCAGCAUGCACAAGGCUCAGCCCAGCCCCGGGAGAGCCUGUGGCACCGUGGAAAGGCCCUGGAGGCCGUGCAGCCUGGUGCCACAGCCCAGCCCACCAGCUCAUGUUCUUUGCUGCACAUCAAGCAGCAGCUGUGGAAUGAAGACUGCUACCAUGGCAAGCUGAGCAGGAAGGCAGCAGAGAGCCUUCUGGUGAAGGAUGGGGACUUUUUGGUUCGAGAGAGUGCAACAUCCCCCGGCCAGUAUGUACUGAGUGGAUUACAGGGCAGCCAGGCAAAACACCUUCUCCUGGUGGAUCCUGAAGGCAAGGUGAGGACCAAGGAUCAUGUAUUCGAUAAUGUUGGGCACCUUAUCAGAUACCAUAUGGAUAACAGUUUGCCCAUCAUCUCUUCUGGAAGCGAAGUAACCCUCAAACAACCGGUGAGAAAAGAAGAUAACCCCGGACUUUUGCAUUUCAAGAAAUGACAGCAUUGAGCACGGUCCCAGUGGCAUUUCAACAAGCUCCAUUUCAUGCGAGGACAUAAAGAUAACUGCGACUUUGCUUCUAGGUUAAAUGGAGCACAGACGGUGAAAUGCAUCUUUCUGAGACCCUAAUGGACUAGAUCUUUUAUAAAACAAAGAACUAACAAAAAGCCUUCAGGACAUGAAAAUCUGAAAAGCGGAGAAGGAUUGAUCCAUUUGAAGAGAAACUAUACAUAUGCACGGAUGUCACUUUCUAAAGUCAUGCCGCAUCAGUAACAAGCCAAAAAGCACAAUUAAAAUGUCACAUGCUCAAGACAACUUGAACUGCUGGGGCAGUGGUAUGUGCCUUUCACCCUGAUAACUUGGGGGUAUUUUCCUAGGGAGAGGUUAGUUCCAAGUGUCUUCAUGUUCUUUAACUACAGAACCAUUUGCCAAAAAACCCAGUUUUUUCUUGCUAAAACAAAUAAGCAGUUUACUUGAUAGUAACUGACUUCAUUACAUUUUCUGUUUAGUAACAUUUUUCACUGCAGUGUCAGAAUAAAUAGGACAUUGAAUCCAGACCAUGUCUGUACCAGUGGGAUUGCAACCACUGAAAGUGUUAGUCUGCCUCGUUGGUCUGUCCUAUUUUCUGGUUGAAGGGCCAGAGCCCAUAUUCUCAGUCUUUGCUGUGUGGACUGUUUGCAUACAGCCCGCAACACAAGGAAGAGGCCAGGUCUACGAGCCACUUCUGUUUUCAUCAUCUUCUCCUGCUGUCCUUGCCACAAGAGCACCUGAGGGCUGGAUUUGUAAAGGAUGGCAGACAAAACCAGAGUUCUUCAGACUCCAUAUCCACACUGCUUCCAUCCUAAUUGGAAGUACAGAAUUUAGUUCCCAGGGUAGGGAACUUUUCUUUGGAUUGGCUGCCACGGAAUCAUAGCGUCAACAUCUGCAUGUGACCUAGUACCUUCUCUAGAUAUGAUCUGACAAAUUGCAGAAGAGAGGAAACACGUUGAAUGGGAUGUUGGAAAGGUCUGCUGCAGGGAGACCAACUCUACAAAGAUCAGCAAAGUUAGCAUUUUGUGGGGGAGAGGCAGCAGGCGGGGCAUGUCUCCGUGACCUUCAGCAAGUUGCCCAACCCCUCUGGGUUCCAGUUUUCAUGUCCAUAAAAUGAGUAAGCUGUGUGUGUGUGUGGGUGGGUGAGUUCUGACAUCCGCCUCAGUCCUAACACAGCAUGUGCCCGCCUGCGAUAACCAAGGUUUCAUUUGUUUGAGGUCAGUACUCCUAAGUAGUCUGUACAGUUGGUUAAACAUUCAGUUUUUUUCUUUAGCUUCUCUAUACUCUCAGCAUAAAAGACAUAAUUGAGAGCAACAGUCACAUGGCACAGAAGCUGUGGCACAGUACAGGUGUCCUUGCCACUGCAUAUAGAAACGUGGCCACGACACAGAGUAGUGUUUUGUUUUGUCUGCGUGUUUGUUUCAUCCUGAGGAAUCUGGACAACGCCUUCAGUUCAUUUCAUUCUGGCUGAGUAGACACGGCCUUAAUCUUUAUGAUUCUAUGUUGUUUGGAACAGAAGUCAUCUAAACACUGAGCCCAUUGUACCCUAACAUUGUUGUGGAAAGGCUUCUGAUUUUAUCUUCUGCCAUUGAUAUUAGCUGGCUCUGUUUUCUUUUAUACGAGUAGGAAAUAGUGUCUUUAUCACCAGUUUUCCAAACACUUAGUUCUUGGUCCUUUUUCCUCAUAAAGGGAAUCAGCAAGGGUAGAGAUAAUAGAAUCGUGUGAGUAAUUAACCUCCCGUAUCGGAGACAGGGCAAAGCGGUGGGUCCAGUUGGGCUGGAUAGAAAGAUUGUUGACAGAGCAGCAAGGAGUUCUUGAGGCAGAAAGCAUUAGUGGUGAGAGCGGAAAACAAACGUAGUUAGUCCUGGACUGUAAUGGUAUAGUAGUUAGGUAAGCAAAUACUGCACUCACAAAUACCUCGGCACAGUUAAAACAACACAAAAUAACGGGAAAUGUCUGCAUGCUCUUUUAACCUCACUUUCUCAUUUUCAUCUGUUUUAGAGUGGAAAUCCAUUUGCCUAUAAAUACCUGUAAAUGACUUUUUAAAAGAACAAAUAAAUAAUUAUUGCUUUGUGACAACUGACAGUACAUGUCUGGUGUUUGGGAUUUGGAAAUUUUACCAUUUGUAGGGUAUUGGAGUCCUGGCAGGAAACAGAUGGCCCUCUGAAAUUGGGUAAUUUGAGGAGAGUUUAUUAAAGGAACGAUUUAAACUGUGGGCAGAGCAUACGGAAACCACAAGGGAGUGGUAGUGCUCUGUCUCCUCCUCCUUCCCCCAGGGAG